UGCCACCACCGCAACAGCAACAGAUGCUGAGCUUACGGGCAACAAAUCAACCAUCGCUGCUCAAUGCCAAUCCUAUGCUUCAGCGGGCCUUACUCAUGCAGCAGAUGCAAGGAAACCUGCGUGGAUUUAACAUGACAGCGCCAGCACUGCAGCAGUUUUUCCCUCAGGCUACAAGACAUUCCCUCCUGGGGCCACCACCUGUUGGGGUCUCAUUAAAGCCGACGCGGCUGGGUUUCCCCAGCCUUCCUUUCCAGCGGCAGAACCGGACCUUUCGCAAGGACUUCCAGAGGGUCCCUGACAGGAAGCGGGAACUAGAUCCUGGUUCUUCAUCUCAGACACAAGGUGAUGAGAAAAUGGAAAUCCCAGAAGGAGUGCAAGCAGGGUCAGAGCAGAACAACUCCUUGCCAUCCACAGAGCCAAGAACUCCAACAGAAUCUGUGCUGAACAUGGAGCCUGCAGCAAAAAGACUGAAGAGUGUGACUGAGGAGUCUGCAUUAGAGGAUGCCACAGACAGCAAGGAAGCAGGAGAGUCAAGCAUCCAUGUCCAAGCUGAUGGUACAAAUGCAAAGGAGUACACAGCUGAAGAUCUCUCUAAAGAGAGGAAAUUCUCUGAGGAACCAAAGGCUCCUGAGGUGUUGAGCUCUGGAGGUUCACUGAAAGUGACUAUCCAGCAGAGCAGUGAGAGCAGAGCUAUCAGUACAACAGCUCUGAAACCAGGGCACUGGACCUGCGAGGUGGGCACAGCUGAUUCCAGCCCUGAAUCGGUCCUUAAAUUCUACUGUUACAUCUGCAAGACCAACUGCUGCAGUCAGCAGAAUUUCCAGUCCCACAUGGCUGGAAUUCAGCACCAGCAGCGACUUGGGGAGAUUCAGCACAUGAGCAAUGUUUGUUUUGUUUCACUACUGCCCAUGGUGAAGGAGCAGAAGGUGCUGGCAGAGAAAGAUGGAGAGACCCAGCAGCGAUGGUGUAACACUUGUCAGAUACACUUCACAGGGGAUCUAAUCAAACAUCGCAGGACCCAAGAACACAAGCUGGCCAAACGCUCACUUCGUCCUUUCUGCACUGUCUGCAGCCGCCACUUCAAGACCCCUCGCAAGUUUGUGGAGCAUAUGAAGUCCCCUGAGCACAAACAGAAAGCCAAAGAGGUGAGGCUAGGAGAGAAGGAGUUGGGCAGCCCAGAAGAUUCGGAGGAGUUGAUCACAGUGGAUGCUGUUGGCUGUUUUGAAGAUGAUGAUGAUGAGGAGGAGGAGGAGGAGGGGGGAGCUGGUGAGGAGGAAGACCUUGAUGUAGUGCUGAUAGAGAAUGAGGAUUCUGCUGCCAAGCAGACUGGGCUGAAGGAAGUGUCUUUGGAGGAUUACGAAGGAAGCGAGAAGUAUUGUCCAGACACAGCCUAUGGCCUGGAUUUUCUGGUCCCCGUCGCAGGUUACCUCUGCAGGCUGUGUCACAAAUUCUACCAUAGCGACUCUGCUGCCCGGCUCGCACACUGCAAGUCCCUGAUGCAUUUUGAGAACUUUCAGAGAUACAAGGCAGCGAGGCAUCGUGCCACAGCUGCCUACCCCGAGGCUCCUUUGCAUUCCCAGGGCUCCAGCUCUCAAUUGCUGGAUGAUCUGAAACAGCCUCCUGCUACAACAGCAGAUACCGGCAAGAAGAUGAAUGAUGAUCAUGGGAUAGACAAGGAGGGUACAGAGCUGUCAGGCCUGCAAGAACAAGCUUCAAGGUCUCUGGAGGGUAAGGGUGAGCUGGCCACCUCUGUAGCAGAGGACAAAAGCCUAGCCAGCGUGACUGACGAUGCAUGUGGAAUCAUGGUUGUAGAAGAAGAAAAUCUACAGGAAGAGAGCAAGUCCACUACCACUAGUGCUGAUUGCCCACUCCCUGAGGAGAGCCGCACUGUAGGGGAGUUGUUGGGACACGCUGUGUCUACGGAGAAGGAAGCCAAUGAAGCCAGGCAAAGGGAAGGCACAGACGACUGCCAGGAUCCAGGGAAUGGAGGGGGUUUAGGACAGAACGAGGCAGCAACCACUGGCCAGGAGGCAGCGGCGGAGCCUUCCUCCCUAGCCAAAGGUGAGACAGCCAGUCUUACCUCUGCUGGGUGCAGACGCUCUACUAGGCGCAAACCCAGAUAGAGUGGCCUUAAAGGGAGAGCCCUUUACAUAUGAUAUUUGCUGAAAAUGUUUAUUUUCGAAGUCUUU